UGGAGGCCGUUCCCCAAUCGAAUCCUGAUGGAGCUGUUGCUCUCUGCACUAGUCUGGGAACGUCGAAACAGAAGGAGAAAGACUAAACAGGUGGUCAGAAACACACAGCUAACAAUGUCGUCCCUGGAUAAAAAUGUGAAAGAUAUUUUGGUCUCAUCUCUUUAAGGAUACAAGAUUCAAUAACCAAAGAUAAUUCAUGUUUCGGCUGACUUUCAAAGGGAGAAUUUAUCCUCGGUUUUCCUCCGAAUCUGGGCAAGAUCUAUCGGAUAUUAAACUAUGAAAGUGACUGUGUGUUUUGGAAGGACUAGGGUGGUGGUACCGUGCGGAGAUGGAAAUAUCAAAAUCCAUAUUCUCAUCCAGCAAGCCGUCAUGAGAUACAAAAAAGCCAUUGCAAAGGAUGCCAGCUACUGGUUACAGGUGCACCGGUUGGAGCAUGGGGACGGAGGUAUCCUGGACCUGGAUGACGUGCUGUGUGAUGUGGCUGAUGACAAAGACCGGCUGGUGGCGGUGUAUGAUGAACAGGAACCUCACCAUGGUGGCGACGGCACCAGCGCCAGCUCAACGGGCACCCAGAGUCCCGACCUGUUUGCCACCGAGCUCAACACAAGCAGCAUGUCUGCUUUCCAGCCCUACCAGGCCGCCAGCGAGAUAGAAGUCACUCCGUCCGCCCUCCGAACUAAUAUGCCCCUCCAUGUGCGUCGCAGCAGUGAUCCAGCACUGGCGACGGUCAACGGGCCAUUCAGCGACCCCCGUGUGACCCUGCCGCCAGAGGAGCCAUCCAGGAAGAACCCCACCCGCUGGUCCACCACAGCUGGUUUCCUCAAACCACAACACUCUGUUGGAGACACCAGCACUGACGCCAACAGCCUGGAGAGAAAGGGUAAGGUUGUGGACACGUACCGUAGUCUCCCCCGUGACUCAGGGACCUGGGCAAACCAGAGAGAGUUCCAGAGAGAGACGGCCCGCUCCUCCCUGAGUGCCAACCACCCCAUGGUAGACCGCUGGCUGGAGAGACAGGAGCAGGAGGAGGGGGGGCAUGGGGAGGAGGAGAACGGCAGGAUCGAGCCGGUUGGCCGAGCUGACUCCUGUAUGGCCCACACCACUGUGAGGUCACUGGAUGACAUUGUAAAGCUGGUAGAAGUGUCCAAUGACGGCGGGCCCUUGGGGAUCCAUGUAGUGCCUUUCAGUGCCCAGGACCGCAGGACUCUCGGCUUGUUGGUCAAGCGCCUGGAGAGGGGAGGCAAGGCGGAGCAACAUAGUCUGUUCCAGGAGAAUGACUGCAUCGUACGCAUUAAUAAUGGAGACCUGCGAAACAUCCGCUUCGAACAAGCCCAGAACAUGUUCCGCCAGGCCAUGCGUUCACCAGUCAUCAUGUUCCAUGUAGUUCCCAACCUGAUGAAGGCCCAGUACGAGCAGCUGUCACACAGCGAGAGGAACCUCAGCGUGGCCUACUCAUCUGGAAGCUUCAGCCCUGACUCCCUAGCCAGCGAGAGAGGCAGCACAACCUCAGGCCUGGACCACACCCCACAGAGGAUGUCCCGUGGUCCCCACCCUCACCAGCACCCCGAGCAGGGUGACGCCUACACCUCUCUACCUCACCUCCAUGGGCUUGCCCAUGGGGGCUCCAUGGGCAAGCCCCCAUUAGGCUAUGCCCCUCCAGGCCGCACCCCCUCCCCUCAUAGGGUGCUAAACUCCACCCCCACGGCGGGCUUCACCAAAAAGGUCGGCAGGAGACUGAACAUCCAGCUGAAAAAAGGUCCGGAGGGUCUGGGUUUCAGCAUCACAUCGCGUGACGUCCCCAUCGGCGGCUCGGCGCCCAUCUACGUGAAGAACAUCCUGCCCCGAGGAGCUGCCAUCCAGGACGGACACCUUAAGGCUGGAGACAGGCUGCUGGAGGUGAACGGAGUGGACCUGGUUGGGUUGACCCAGGAGGAGGUGGUCUGUCUGCUGAGGGCCACGCCCAUGGGAGGGGCUGUGAGGCUUGUGGUGUUACGACUGGAGGAGACCUUCCUGCCCAGAGAAGUGAAUGCAGAACCCCAGAUGCAAAGCCCCAGAGAUUUGAAGGUUGAGGAGGAUGACCUGGUGUUGACCCCGGAUGGUACCAGGGAGUUCCUGACCUUUGAGAUCCCUCUGAGUGACUCCGGGUCGGCGGGGUUAGGGGUCAGCGUCAAGGGCAACCGCUCCAAGGAGAACCACUCUGACUUGGGCAUCUUUGUCAAGUCCAUCAUCAACGGGGGAGCUGCCUGCAAGGAUGGAAGGCUGCGGGUCAACGACCAGCUGAUAGCGGUGAACGGGGAGUCGUUGCUAGGCAAGACCAACCAGGAAGCCAUGGAGACGCUAAGGAAGUCCAUGUCGGUAGAAGGCAACAAGCGGGGGAUGAUCCAGCUGAUUGUGGCCAGGAGAGUCACUAAACGCAACGAGCUGGAGGCCUCUGGGAGCCCCCUGGGACCGGAGCAGACCCUCAACUCCACCCUGCUGGACGACCGGGAACGUCGUAUCUCCCACUCCCUGUACGGAGGCAUAGAGGACCUGGACGACAACCUGAUGCCACGGCAGACCCUAAUGGGCCGAAUGAUGGGUAACUACCAGCUCUCCCCUACAGUCAACAUGCCCCAGGACGACACAGUCAUCAUCGAAGACGAUAGGCUGCCUGUACUUCCUACCCACCUCUCUGACCUAUCGUCUUCCAGCUCCCAUGACGACGUGGCGUUCCAUGUGGAGGUCCCUCCCCCCUGGGCCAAAGAGAUUCAAAUUCAGAAUGAGAGCCCUCUGAGCCCUGAUGACACCGACCCAGACGGAGCCUUUCAGAGGGAGGGCUUCGGCAGACAGAGCAUGUCCGAGAAACGGACAAAGCAGUUUGGAGAUGCCAGUCAGCUGGAGAUCAUCAAGACACGCAAGUCCAAGAGCAUGGAUCUAGUAGCCGACGAGAUUAACCUCACCCCUCGCAAAGAGAACACGCCAGGGUCUUCCACCAGGGACGUGGGUCCUUUCUUAGGCCUCAAGAAGUCCAGCUCUCUAGAGAGUUUACAGACAGCCGUUGCCGAGGUAACGCUGAAUGGUGACAUGCCCUUCCACAGGCCACGCCCACGCAUCAUCAGGGGGCGGGGCUGCAAUGAGAGCUUCCGGGCUGCCAUCGACAAGUCAUACGACAGGCCAGCCGCUACAGAGGAUGACGAUGAGGACAUGGAGACAUUGGAGGAGGACACCGAGGAGAGCUUUCGGUCCGGGCGCGACUCUGUGUCCACCGUGGCAGAUCUGACGCCACUGCCUAACACCGAGAGACCGCUGGUCAACGGCAACCGUACCAAUGAAGACGAGAAGGACAAGGGAGGGACUGACAAAAGGAAACAGAAGGACAAAGAGAAGGACAGCAAGAACAAGGCUAAAAAAGGCAUGCUGAAAGGCCUGGGAGACAUGUUCAGGUUUGGUAAACAUCGCAAGGACGGAGAGAAAAUUGAGCGUAAAGUGUCAAGCAAGUGGAGGCCGGAAGAGCUGCACGCCUCAGAGGACGAAACAGUGAGGAUGAGACUGGAGCAGGAGAGGAUCCAGCUUAAGACCCAGGAGCUACGGGAGCGGCAGGCACGGGAGAGGGACUACGCUGAGAUCCUGGACAUCAACCUAAGCCGAGACGAGGAGCACCCCUAUGCCGGCAUCGGGCCCCUGGACACGUCCCUGGGCAGCGGGCACAGCCGUCCCCAAAGCCCCCGAGACAACGACCACCACCACCAAGACUCGUCCCUCUACACACAAGUCGGCAAGGCCCGCAACGCAAACGGACGCCCUCCCUCCGCCGACAGCAACAGACUAGCGCCUAGCAACCACGACCGGAUACAGCAGCUGAGGCAUGAGUUCCAGCAAGCCAGGGGGGAUGAUGACCCAGACGACCGGAGACGCACCUAUAGCUUCGAGCAGCCCUGGCAGAACACCACCAACACAGGUCCAGGCCCGUACCAGACAGACAGACAACAGACAGGCCGACACUCUGUGUCUGUAGAGAUGCAGAUACAGAGGCAGGAGGAGAGAGACGCCUUCCAACAGGCGCAAAGACAGUACAGCUCCCUGCCACGACAACCCAGGAAGAACCCUAGCUGCAUCUCUCAGGACUCCUGGGUCAAGGUCUACCCGCCGGGCGAGGGCUUCCAGACGACCAAGGAGAACCCUCGCUACUCCAGCUACAAGGGCUCCAGGAACGGCUACCCAGGGGUGAGCAGUGUGAAUGCCCGCGUCUUGCUGGAGGCCCAGGAGCUGCUGAGGCAGGAGCAGAGACGCAGGGAGCAGGAGGCCAAAGGGAAGCAGCUACUACUAGCACCCCCGCAGGAGCACCACGGGAACAAAACCUACAACGCCACUCCUUCAUACUCGGCUCACAAGGACCCUGUGUCGCCUAAGGGCCCCUAUAGACAGGACGUACCCCCCUCGCCCUCCCAGCUGGCCAGGCUCAACAGGCUGCAGGGGCCUGAGAAGGGGAGGCCCUUCUACUCCUGAGGGGAUAGGGGCAGGGAUGGGGAAGGGACAGGGCAGCCAAGAAAAGGCCACAGUUGGUGGCGACUACUUCAGGAGCUGAUUAGCUAUAGAAUGGGGAGGCCCUUCUACUCCUGAGGGGAUAGGGACAGGGUGGGCCAGAGGAGCCAUAGUUGUGGAAGAUGUGGACAAUUUGAGUAGGGAAUGCACAGUGAGUGUUAGUAUUAAUGGCUUCCCCUGGAUGUGACCUCUUAGUCCUCCGUUCAGUCCCAGUCAGUCCUUUUCCCUCCCACAGACUGUUGUCAAAUGAGACUUUCAGUGCCUCCUGUAUUCAUGGUCAUGAUGCUUUCUGGGGUAGUAGUGGUGUUGUGGGAUUCAUAGACAUCUGUCACCCUCACGCUCUGACAAUCAUACAGGCAAACAGAUGUUUUUUCAAACAAUGGAGAAGUGUGUGUGUGUGUGUGUGUGUGUGUGUGUGUGUGUGUGUGUGUGUGUGUGUGUGUGUGUGUGUGUGUGUGUGUGUGUGUGUGUGUGUGUGUGUGUGUGUGAGAGAGAGACUGUCUUAAUGUGUGUGUGUGCUUUAUGCUAGUGUGGUGUGGACACUUACAAGGUCGCCUGGUUUUGUUAAACCAUGGCUCCUACUUGACCUGCCCUCCCCUGGACAUGAACCUCCCCAUAGUUGGUAGUACACUAACACGUCAAAACAACAACGCUGAGCUCUCUCUAUUUCUCUGUUUUCAUCCUUUUUUUCUUUACUUCACCAGUGGGCUAGAGAAAAGAGACUGAGUGUGUAAAAGGAGGGGGAGCAAAGCACUGGUUAUUAAUGAAGGACUCUCAUAAAUUAUUCAUGUGUGUGUCAUCUCCACAGAGAGAGAGAGAGAGAGAGAUUCUCUGAUCUACCGCCUGGCCUCUCUGCUCUGGGCACGGCUAACCUGGCUUGCCUUCCUCCUCUCUCUCACCACCACUUCCUCCUCUCCCUCACCACCACUUCCUCCUGUCCCUCACCACCACUUCCUCCUGUCCCUCACCACCACUUCCUCCUGUCCCUCACCACCACUUCCUCCUGUCCCUCACCACCACUUCCUCCUCUCCCUCACCACCACUUCCUCCUCUCCCUCACCACCACCUCCUCCUCUCCCUCACCACCACCUCCUCCUCUCCCUCACCACCACUUCCUCCUCUCCCUCACCACCACCUCCUCCUCUCCCUCACCACCACUUCCUCCUCUCCCUCACUACCACUUCCUCCUCUCCCUCACCACCACUUCUUCCUCCUCUCCCUCACCACCACUUCCUCCUCUCCUCUCCCUCACCACCACUUCCUCCUCUCCUCUCCCUCACCACCACUUCCUCCUCUCACUCAUCACCACUUCUUCCUCUCACUCACCACCACUUCCUCCUCUCCCUCACCACCACUUCCUCCUCUCCCUCACCACCACCUCCUCCUCUCCCUCACCACCACCUCCUCCUCUCCCUCACCACCACCUCCUCCUCUCCCUCACCACUACCUCCUCCUCUCCCUCACCACCACCUCCUCCUCUCCCUCACCACCACUUCCUCCUCUCCCUCACCAGCACUUCCUCCUCUCCCUCACCAGCACUUCCGCCUCCCUCUCACCACCACUUCUGCCUCCCCCUCACCUCUUUCACCUCUCCUCCUCUUCCCCCUCACCACCUAUUUCAUCUCUUCUCCUCUUCCACCUCUCCUCUUCCCCGUUCCACUCCUAGCUCACCUCUCCUCUUCCCCAUUCCACUCCUAGUUCACCUCUCCUCUUCCCCGUUCCACUCCUAGUUCACCUCUCCUCUUCCCCGUUCCACUACUAGUUCACCUCUCCUCUUCCCCGUUCCACUCCUAGUUCCACUCUCCUCUUCCCCGUUCCACUCCUAGCUCACCUCUCCUCUACCCCGUUCCACUCCUAGCUCACCUCUCCUCUACCCCGUUCCACUCCUAGCUCACCUCUCCUCUACCCCGUUCCACUCCUAGCUCACCUCUCCUCUUCCCCGUUCCACUCCUAGUUCACCUCUCCUCUACCCCGUUCCACUCCUAGUUCACCUCUCCUCUUCCCCGUUCCACUCCUAGUUCACCUCUCCUCUACCCCGUUCCACUCCUAGUUCACCUCUCCUCUACCCCGUUCCACUCCUAGCUCACCUCUCCUCUUCCCCGUUCCACUCCUAGCUCACCUCUCCUCUACCCCGUUCCACUCCUAGUCCACCUCUCCUCUACCCCGUUCCACUCCUAGUCCACCUCUCCUCUACCCCGUUCCACUCCUAGUCCACCUCUCCUCUACCCCGUUCCACUCCUAGUCCACCUCUCCUCUACCCCGUUCCACUCCUAGUUCACCUCUCCUCUACCCCGUUCCACUCCUAGCUCACCUCUCCUCUUCCCCGUUCCACUCCUAGCUCACCUCUCCUCUACCCCGUUCCACUCCUAGCUCACCUCUCCUCUACCCCGUUCCACUCCUAGUCCACCUCUCCUCUACCCCGUUCCACUCCUAGUCCACCUCUCCUCUACCCCGUUCCACUCCUAGUUCACCUCUCCUCUACCCCGUUCCACUCUUAGCUCACCUCUCCUCUUCCCCGUUCCACUCCUAGCUCACCUCUCCUCUUCCCCGUUCCACUCCUAGUUCACCUCUCCUCUACCCCGUUCCACUCCUAGCUCACCUCUCCUCUUCCCCGUUCCACUCCUAGCUCACCUCUCCUCUUCCCCGUUCCACUCCUAGCUCACCUCUCCUCUUCCUCGUUCCACUCCUAGUUCACCUCUCCUCUACCCCGUUCCACUCCUAGUUCACCUCUCCUCUUCCCCGUUCCACUCCUAGUUCACCUCUCCUCUACCCCGUUCCACUCCUAGCUCACCUCUCCUCUUCCCCGUUCCACUCCUAGCUCACCUCUCCUCUUCCCCGUUCCACUCCUAGUUCACCUCUCCUCUUCCCCGUUCCACUCCUAGUUCACCUCUCCUCUACCCCGUUCCACUCCUAGUUCACCUCUCCUCCUCCCCCUCACGUCCUUUUCCAACUCUCCCUGGUCAACGCUGCACUGAAUUUUACAUCACAAGCUGCCUGCCACAGCCAAAGAACAGAAUACAGCACCUAGAGGCUGCUGUGUAGUGAAGGGCCACACCACAGUUUCUCUCUGUAGAGAGACAAUCGGAGUACCGACGCAAGAUUUAGGUUCAAUCUUCCCUUGUUCAUAAAAAAUAAAUAGUGUUUGAGUGGUAAUUGCUUUCAGCUGCCGUAUAGCGGAGUACUAGUGAGUCGCUCUCCUCUUGUAAAUAAUGGACCUUUAAUGUAACGAUGCGCUGAUGUCUAUGAAAUGUACCAAAUGGUGGAGAUGACUUUCAACCGAACAAAGGAGAGCACAGAAAAGAUAAAAAAUAUAAUGACUGUGGUACGUACUCUGUGUGUCGCCUCGUGGUAUACUAUAACAGAAGUGUCUGGCACCUCGCUGCUUUGGAGAUGUGCUUCAGUGUUCUCCCUAUGCCAAUUACAGCCAUACGAAAUGCAUUACCUUCCAUUUGUGAGUUAAUACUGUGUCUGUGUCCCAAAUGGGACCCUACUACCUACACAGUGCACUACGGGCCCUGGUCAAAAGUAGUGCAUUAAAUAGGGAAUCAGCUGUUGAACACUUCUAACAUGGAAAUAAGACUGUGUGUUCUGUCGUCUGUACUGCAGUACCAUGCCAAUGUCUGCAGUCUGGUUGGAAUCUGUUGUAUGGUGUCCAUUGCUAGCCUAGUUCCAGAUCUGUUUGUGCUAUCUUGUUAAUUUCUAUGGUAGUUAUAGUUAACAAGGGUGUAGGCAGAAGUUCCUCUGGCUAUGUUGCUGAUCUUAUGUCCGUUUUUCAUUUCCCACACUAAAUGGUUAAGGUUAGGAUUGGGGGGAGGGGAAGCUGAUCCUAUAUCUGUACCUAGGGGAAACCACACCACAGAGUAGUAAAUAAGACAGGGCAAAUAGAUCUGGGAUCAGGUGGACCACCUGACCACUACUGGCUAAGUUGAGAGUUCAAUAAUAAGUGCCUGAGAUGCCAUUCCUGAAUAGGGAAAACAAUGUGGAUUGUUCCUUGCUGUAGCUAAAUAGACACAACACCAUUACAUCAUGUGUUUUUAACAUAAUAUUAUCAUCUCUACAGCACAGUAUGUGUUUUGAUUGUUUUGGGGCUGAAAAGCAUUCAUUGUUUGUUUUUUUACAGUGAGAGUUCAAAUAAGCCUCUGCACAGCUGAUCAGUGUAUUUGUAUCCUGUCUAUUUGACAUUGCCUUCACAAUGCUGUACGUAUCAUGAUGUUUAAAGUGUAAAGCUAUUGUAAGCACCGUGCAAUUGUUUUUCAGACUUUUACAUGAUAUGUUUAGACAUGUAUACAGACACUUUUCCUGUACGUAUCAAAUUUAGAAUAAAAGGAAGGCUGUUUCAUCCUGUUUACAACUA